GUUCUUUCUGAUCUCGCGGUUGGUGACAUUUUUAUGAAAUGAUUAAUUGGGCAUGACGUGACUUGCUUAAUAUAUCUGUAAACUGUCUUGGCUAGAUGAAAGCAGACUGACUCACGAAAGAAACAGAGAUUUUAAGGUACGAUGAGCAAUCAGUACGACAUUAAUACCCCUGAAGUCGCCAAUGGGGGAGAAAUCAAUGCCCCUGUGAUCAUUUUAAACGAGUUUGGAGAGAGGGGCAAGGACCGAGACGAUGUGGCCAAUAUUCCGACAACAGCAGCGACCAGUGCAACCGCGCAGAAAAGAAAGAUUUGUCUUGUUGCAAAGUUGCAGUGCCUGUUCUUUGCCAUGAAAAUUUUUGGAUUAUUUUACGAAGAAUACAACACUAUACGUCCAAGGAACACUGUACGUGGUCUAUGGAUGUGUACUUUCACAAAACGUUUGUAUCAGUUGUUCGUGUUGUUGGUACUCUGGCUCAACGUGGGGAGAGUGUUUGCGUCGUUUUGGCUUGAUGAUAAACUGCUCAGUACCGAACAUACUCAGGCAGCUGCUGGCUUGCUUUGGUCCCUGCAAACCGCUAUACAAGCUUCCAUCUGUGUAUACACAAUGCAAAUCACAUCAAAAAAGUCCCCUUUGAAAAGCUUGUUGUUAUAUUGGAAUUCGCAGCCCAACUUUGACGAGUUAGUAGUAGAGCCCUUCAUGGUAAAAUGCGUCAGACGAACUCUGAUUGUAACGUAUAUCUUUAUGAUGAUAAACGCUGUGUUUUAUGGCCUAGUUUUGUUUUAUCCUUCAGAGUCGAUGCAAUAUCUUGCUCGUGCAUUCUUGUCCCCAUUCCCGCUCGACAACCUGGCUUCAAAGAUCCUUGGCUUUGUGAUUUCAGCCUAUUGCACAGCAGCCUGGGUGUUACCUUUUGCUAUCUUCACAGCCAUUUGCUUGACUUUAAUACAUCAAUGCAGAAGUCUUAGAAAGACAUUGCGCUUGACUGCCUCGGCCAGUGAGGUGAGAAGAGUCAAGAUUCUAAGACAGCAACAUUCAUCAUUAUGUGGUUCUGUCAGAAAAGUCGACGACUUAUUCAAAUUCGUAACUCUCGUGGUUUACGUUACCAACAUACCUCUGGUUUGUUUUCUUCUCUACCGCUUGAUGUUUGACAAGAAUAACGAUGCAACGACUUAUGUAAUCUUGACUUUUUGGUCCCUUGUCGUGCUUCUUGCCAUGAUGAGCGUGUCGUUUCUUGGGGCACAUUUGAACAGCAAGAUUCAUUCCUUCACGGAAGUUGUGCAGAAAGUUGAAAUAGCUAACGUGGACUUGGACACUCAUACAGAGCUGAUGCUGUUUGUGGCGAAGUUAAAUGGAGAUCCCGUGGCAAUUACAGCAGGAGGACUGGUACCCAUUACAAAACCGCUGAUUGUAACGGUAUUGUAUAUAUCAUACUCAGACAGAGCUGUAAAACGUCUGCGCGUGUCAUAUAACUGCUCGAAGAAACUUGGAUGAGAUUUUUCCUGCACCAUCGUAACUGAAUCGCUGCUCCGCGGCCACUUUUACACUGGUGGUCAAGAAUAAAAGUGUGAUGUUUAAAAGUUGAAUUUUGCAUUUCUGUUAUAGGUCGGUGUGCUGAUAGCGUCAGUUCUUUCAAUUAGCCAUUCGAUGUAUGUCUUAAGAGUGGAAAAAUUAAUUUCGUUGUUUUAGAAUUUUUCAAAAGUUCCACUAUUUCACUUUUAUCGUACCAUGUUUUCCCUCCCCAUUCAAGCCUCGAGCGAGCCAGUUUUCAACAAAAGACAAAAGCUUAUUCUCUUAAAAUUUCACUUU